UCCUUCUUUGCUUCCUGUCAGGACUCACCUCGAACAGAAACAGACUAGCGACAGAGCUUGGUUCCGCUGGAGAAAUGGCCUCGUCUUUUCGCCCUGCUAUAAAUCCCAAAUGAGCUGCAACGUUUUCGGAUUAGGCCGAAAGACUAUUUAGCGUUUGAUCCACGCCCAGGACUACCGAGGGGUUUGUUUCGUGACUUUGAAGAGCGACGAGGAGGGGGGGAAACAAUGCCACACUCCCUGUGGUUCGAUCCGCUGACACCCGCACAACUCAAGCGCCUGGAGGAGCAUAAAUACAGCGCCUCUGGUCGCUCUCUGUUCGAGCCCCCGUGUCAGAUUUUCUGGAACUGGCUCGUCCAACAAAUACCGACAUGGGUCGCCCCGAACACACUGACGAUUGUCGGGCUGUUGAUCAAUGUAGUUACAACACUUAUACUAGUAUUAUAUUGUCCUACGGCAACCGAGGAGGCUCCAGCAUGGGCCUUCAUCCUGUCUGCUCUGGGCCUCUUCAUCUACCAAUCUCUGGAUGCUAUUGAUGGGAAACAGGCCAGGAGAACAAACAGCAGUUCUGCACUCGGCGAGCUCUUUGACCACGGCUGUGAUGCCGUCUCCACAGUGUUUGUUGCUGUGGGAACAUGUAUAUCAUGUGGAAUUGGAACCCUCCCAAACUGGAUGUUCUUCUGCGGUUUCAUCGGGAUGUUUAUGUUCUUCUGUGCCCACUGGCAAACCUACGUAUCUGGAACCCUUCGCUUUGGGCUGGUUGAUGUCACAGAAGUGCAGUUUGCCAUCAUGAUUAUGUACCUAAUGUCAGCUUUUGGAGGCGUGAGCCUUUGGGACACCACGCUGCCCGUGAUAGGAAUGAAGCUGUUGGUCUUCCCCGUCAUGGGAAUAACCGGCGGCGCCCUGUACUCCUGCUACAACUACUUCUACGUCAUUUUGAACGGAGGUGUUGGCAAGAAUGGCUCCACUGUUGCUGACACCAGUGUGCUGACUCCAGGUUUGCACAUCGGCCUCAUCCUCACGCUGGCCUUCAUCAUUUUCAAGAAGUCCUCCAGUCAUCUCUUUGAACACCACCCCUGUCUUUACCUUCUUACCUUUGGAAUGGUCAUCUCGAAGAUCUCCAACAAGCUUGUGAUCGCCCACAUGACCAAGAGUGAGCUGCACCUCCCAGAUACUGCCUUCAUCGGGCCUGGCCUUCUCUUCCUCAACCAGUACUUCAACAGCUUCAUCGACGAACACAUAGUACUCUGGAUCGCCAUGGUCCUCUCCCUUCUGGACCUGACCCGCUACUGCACAGGCUUGUGCCUCCAGAUCGCUGCCCACCUGCGGAUCCGAGUCUUCAGCAUCACGCCGCCGAGCAACGCGCACCGUGACUGACGCCUUGCCCGGCGGGAGAAUGCGGGAGGAGACGAAGACGUCUCCCCGCUCCUAAAAGCAGACCACCAAGACGAUACGGAGAAACCCUCAACCCCGAGCCAAUGCAGCCUCGACAACAUCACCACUUUAGAUUAAAACUGCCUCCAAUCAAACGCAAAGAAAUAAUGCAAACCAAAAAGAAAAUUGACGUUUGAACCAAAGUUGUUUCACAAAUGAAAGUCUAAUUUAAACAUGAAACAAAUUUAACCCUUUUUUGUGGGGUCACUCAAUGCCAAAAGGUUUUUCUUAAAUGUAAUUUUUUAUUGUUUGGGCAAAUCUCAAAGUAUCAUCCUGAUCAUAUUUCUUUAAUGCAAUCUGGUCAUAAUCAGGGAUUGAAACUUGCAGUUUUAUUCAAAUAACUACCAAUGAAGUGUGUUAAACGGCUCCAUGAGGGGUCAGGGGGUCACGUGUUCUUGCUGAAAAUGACGACAGCUCCUCUCUUAGGUCACUCCCACUAACGCCACUCCAGAUUUCACAGUUUAACCUUCAUUUCUCCCAUCUGGCCAUCCUAUAAAAGUAGAAAUUUCACCUGGCUUGGCCUUUAGAGCGCCGUCGACUGAUGAAGCAUCAACACCGCCUUGUUCUGCUUUCUCUGUUCUUCUCCCUAAAGGGCUAAUGUUUAAUUGUGUGUGAUUGUACAUAAACUGAAGACGCCUUAAAUAUUUUUGUUGUAAUUACUGUUUAACUUGUGAAUAUUUAAAGCAGGAUUGUGUGUGUUUUGUAUGUUUGUUAUACCAGAUACAGCAAUAGUUAAGAUACCACAGAAGUACUGGAAGCUUUUUCUUUUUGCCUGCCUUUGAUCUAUUUUUUUUUUCAGUUGGUUAUUGAUUUUUACAAUUAGUAAUUACCGAAACUAAUUAAUAUCCUUUGGGAGCAAAAGGGACUUCUCUGUAGGGUUAGCAAACUGUUUAUGAUUUUUUCUUUGUCCUUUUAAAAUCAUCUUGCAAUCUUGAGCUUUUUACACACGACAGAGGCUCUAUCAACAGUUUAGCAUAUUUUCUGGAUUGACGGCAGAACUAUGCAUCAGAAUGUAGAAAAGGAAACUUCAAACACCUUAAUCUGUUUGGUAAAACAUUCAAACAUAUUUCCAUUAACAAAUGUGAUGAUUGUAAUAAAGAAUAUUUUUCAUCCGUU